AUGGCUGGCCUGCCUCAUCUCGCGAGACUCAAUGACCACUGGUUUAAGUUGGAUGAGCCAUUAAUCAGUGCAUUUGUGGAGAGAUGGUGUUCGCAGUCUCAUACCUUUCAUUUGCCGUUCAGUGAGUACACAGUUACGUUACAGGAUGUAGCCUACCAGCUAUGGCUCCUGAUCAACGGUCAGUACAUCAGUGAAUGUUUAACAGAAUUCGAACGGUACAUCGAAGGAGGCCGUCCGGUGUGGACUUGGUUUGAGGAGUUGUUGGAUGUGAUGCCGCCACUGGACUGCAUCGACAAGUUCACUGUGAAGUGCACUUGGAUGCAGCACAUGUUCAGUGACCUUCCUGAGGGGGUAGACGGGGAGACAGUUCGGAGGUAUGCUAGAGUGUACAUUAUGAUGUUACUAUCAAUGCAGCUCUUCAGCGACAAGUCCAGUACUCAUAUGCAUAUCAGGUGGCUGCUCUACGUGGUUGUCCUACUCAAUACUGCAACACUACCCGGCAUCGUCAUCUGCACACCAAGCACCCAUUGCGGCAACUUAUUAUAUGAAUCUUCCCAGUUUUUGUAA